GUAUGUCUAUAUAAAGGUUGGCUUCGUGUCAUUGUGUUAUGUGCUUAAGUCCUAUUCUCUUGUCUAUAUUGCAUUACCUUAAACUUUCUUUCGUUUGUUAUUUCAUUUUAAGUUCUCCUAAGUCAUGGCUUCUGCAUUGCCUGAAAACUGGUCACAUAUCAAUGGCUCUGAUGACUUUGAUCAAUUUGAAGUCCCGGAAAUCAACACUGCCCUUCUCAUGUCAUUACUCGAAGAAUCGCAGGUCGAGGAAUGCGACGACGAGAGAUUAAGAAGUGUGAUUCAGUCAUUAGAAGCAGUGAUUGAUCCAAACAGAUUGGAUGGUCAUGAUUCACUUGUGGAGAUGGAGUGGGGCAGUGGCAACUUGAAUGGUUGCACCACACCUUCCGAUGGGGAACAAUUGAACGGUCAGGAUUGCUCGACGUCUCUUGAUCUUGACUUCAGCUGGAUGGAUGUGGAGAUGGUUCCUUCCUCACCUAGUGAUGAGAUGACUAAUUGGUACAUGGACUCCUUCAGAGAUGGCACUGAUGGUGUCAUUGAACUUGGAGAUUAUUCUCAGAUUUGUUAUGGAAUGCCCUUGGAGGAGCAUGAAUAUGGUUCUUUGUGGCAAGAAUCACAUUCUUCAGUGAUGUAUGACUAAGGGUAAUUUUGCCAUUUGCACAUUUUCACAUUUACUGUAAAGCCUUAAGAGCACAAUGAAUUGAACCAUUUGUAGUUGGACAUUGUUCUCAUGUAAAAUUUUCCUCUAUAUAAUUAAUCAAGGUGAAAAUUUGGCUCAA